GAAAGAGAGAGAGAGAGAGAGAGAGAGAGAGAGAGAGAGAGAGAGAGAAAGAGUAAAAGAAAGAGUAAGAGUAUCUACAUACAUUCGUGGGCGGUGAGUGAUUGUGUGAUCGUCGGUGGCCAGUUUCCAUUGGAAGUCAUGCGAGAUACCAGCGAUAUGACGGAGGACGCCCUGUCAGAGGACACCAUGAUGGAUUGCGGAGGAGACGGUGGAGCUUUAGAAGAUUUCGUCGAAUUGGCGACUGACAUUGCUGAUUCCUCACGAACCAUACGAGAUGCUGCUGAAAGGUUGCUGACAUUAUUGGGCGUAGACGAUGAAAACGAUGAUCUCCUUUCCUCUUCCGAAGACGAGGGUGUCGAGGUAGACGUAGAAGACGAAGAGGACGAGGAUCGACCUGAAAAUACAAGGUUACUUCAUCAAUUAGCGGCAUCGUUGGCACAAGAGUUGAAAUAUUCACAGCAGAAGCAUGACCCAGGACCUACGAGGAUAAUUGCCCAAGGACGGGGAAACUUCGACGAGAGAGAUCAAAAUGUUGAGAUGGUCCAGGACGAUAGUUUCCACGGUCAAAGUCCUUUUCGAAAUCAGAUUGACCUAAAAACGUCGGACAGUCAAUUCCAUGGUGAUCCCUUUGUUCAGAAUCAAUUCGCUCCUACAAGGAGAUACUCCUUUGGGUAUUCUUUCCAAGGUCAUUCAAAUGAUCUCGACGUUUUUGAAACGAAGGAGAGUUUAAAGACGUCGAAUCGUCAUCAUUAUCGUCAUUAUCAUCAUCAUCAUCAUCAUCAUCAUCAUCAUCGUCGUCGUCGUCGUCAUCGUCAUCAUCAUCAUCAUCAGCAGCAGCAGCAGCAACAGCAGCAACAACAGCAGCAGCAGCAGCAGCAGCAGCAUCGUUCGAAGAUGAAUGACGAACAAGAGGAAAGAUCGAUCCUUCAUCGGGAUCACGUUUCUGGAUCUUGGGGUUCUGGCUGGGAUGCCUGUGCCACGGAAGCUUUGAGAUAUCUCGUGGAAGACGAAGGACUGCCAGCUCAUCAUCCAACCGUCCUAGCAAUGAAAAAUCAUCUUGAGCUUCAAAGAGGACGAGUAUUCGCUCAGUACACCGCAUAAACGAGUUUAACGAGUUGCGAGAGUUGUCUCGGUACACAUUCGUCGAGGCACCCAUAUAUAUUGUGAUAAUCGUGCGCGGAUCCGUGAUCGAUACGACGAUAAGACGCGAGAGUCUCUCUGUCUCCGUAUAACGUUGUCUCGUUCUCCUCAGUCGUUCGCAUUUUGCAGAAAUGCAGUUUUCAUCGUAAACUCAAAAUGGAAUACGCUUAUAUCGGCCCUGUCGGAUGGAUCAAAACGGACAGGAGCUGCAAAUACGCUUUUGAUAAAACGAAGGUUAGAAGAAGAGUUUAAUCGUUUGGCGUAUUUAAUUAUUAAAAGAAAAUAAUUUGUUGCUUCUUCGACGAAUCGUUUCGUUACGUAUGGACUUGUUUUAUCUAUCUAUCUAUCUAUCUAUCUAUCUAUCUAUCUAUCUAUCUAUCUAUCCCUCCCUCUAUCUUUUUUCUAGUUUUUUUUUUCUUUUUCUUUUCUUCGUUUUAUUUUUUCCCUCCUUUUCUUUCUUCUCUUUUUAUAAUAUUUGUAAUUGAUAAUUGUGUUUACUUUGCGAGUGGACAAUCGAAGGAUAAUAUAAUAUGGAUAAUCAUGGAUUGAAUUUCUUUCGGUAGCUACGUGAUUCUUAAUCGGUGAUUUUUUUUUAUUUUUAUUUUAUAUAUCUUCUCAUCGUUCUCCUUUUAUUUUUUCAUUUCGACGUUAUGUCGAUUUAACUUCCUAACGAACGUCAAUACGAAUGUCAAUAUAAUCGAUCUGAGAGUUUAGAGAUUCUAUAGAUGAAAAAGUUAGAAUGCUUGUAUCCGAUGGGAUACGAGUGAACUCAUCGAAGUUCGUUCGUUCGUUCGUUCGUUCGUUCGUUUAUCGAUGAGAAAACUUUCGUACUCUGUGAACUAGGCGAAUCAAAGAGGUGACAUUAGUCGUGAUGAAUCGUAGAUAAACGUCCGCUAGAUUGAAAUUAAUUAAACAUAGAACAAAUUUCUAGGAUUAUCUAUAGUAACUUUUACAAACACACGCGUAUAUACACACACAUAGACAUACACACAAAUACACACACAUACACACCUAUAAGCUGAUGCUAGAUUAGAUGAAUCGAAUCAGAAAAUGAAAAAGAACGAUGAACAUUAAUCGGUACCGUACAAUUAGAGUAUAUAUCAUUUUUCUUUAGAUAUUUUCUUUCUUAUUUUUUUAAUUAAUUUAUUUGAAGGAAGAUCAGCUCGAGAAUCGAGUCUAGUUUGUUAUCGUAGAACGAUCUAUGUAAUACGUGUCUAUCGGAAUUUGUUGUCACCGAUUAUUAUCUACGUAAUCGCAAGAGUUUUCGUAGCGACGAAUCGGAGAUUAUAGAUAGAGGAAUUAUUUCUAUUAACGAUAGAUCGAUAAAUUAUUGAUUAGAAACAAUAAUAUACAAUGAGAACAUCGUUCCUCGUAUACGACGAAUCGAAUUCAGUAUCGACGAUUGAAUCGAUUCGAUGAGACGAAAUCAAUGGAAAGAAUGGAUAUAUCCUCGCGAAUGGUUUUGGAUCGAUGCCUCAAGUUAUCUCGAUCGUUUACCAUUCGCUUCGGAAAAUCGAAUUUUUUUCCCUACGGCUACGAUCCAUCGCGCGAAGCCGAAUAAAUUGUUUUACGAUGAUUUAAGCUUUUACGAGAUGGAUCGUACAAAAUGAUCGUGAAAUCGGCAUAUCUGUACAUAUGUAUGAUAUAUAUCGUUUUAACUUAUACACACGACUAUUGUUACUUUUACAAUAAAUCAUUGUAGAUAACAUUGACCACUAAAAAUAAACGAGAGCUAAGUUAA